CUCUUCAUAUUUUAUCUAAAUUUAACUUAUAUUCAUCUCAAGAUCUUCAUUUCUGGGAUUUUAGAAAGGAAAGAGGAGAGAGAAUAUAGGAUGUGAGAAAGAGCGUAGCUCGUGGUCGUUGAGUUCUCAAGUCUGUGAUCUAUCUUCUCUCUCCACCGCACACUAGAGUAUUUUUCCGGCCACCGUCCGCGGCGGCGAUGGAGCCAGACGUGAGCAUCGAAACCAGUUGCAUGAUACGGGUGGCUGUCCUCCCGAUCGGAGCGAUCCAACCGCCUCAGUUCAGAGACUACGUAUCGAUGCUCUUCCGCCACCACAAGAUCGAACUCUCCACAAUCAGUUCUUUCUACACCGAACACCAAAAGAGCCCCUUCUCACAGCAGCCCUGGGACUCCGGCAGCCUCUGCUUCCAGUUCAUGGUCGGCGGAUCGCCGCCCAGCCCGUGGGAGGAUUUCCAGUCCAAUCGCAAAAUUCUCGCCGUUAUCGGAAUAUGCCAUUGUCCGGCUUCGCCAGAUCUCGACUCCGUCGUCGAGCAAUUCUCCACUGCGUGUAAAGGUUACGCUUCCUCUCUUGUUCAGCGUUGCUUCGCGUUUUCUCCUGGUGAUUCUCAGUUAGAGGAUGGAAGCAAGAAGGCAGAGAACUUAAUUCUGUUUCCUCCUGCUGAUCGGCAAACUCAGGAAUUCCAUUUGCACACAAUGAUGCAAGACGUUGCUGCUUCAUUGCUAAUGGAAUUUGAAAAGUGGGUUCUUCAAGCAGAAUCUGCUGGAACCAUUCUCAAGACACCUUUAGAUUCUCAAGCCAGUCUCAGCUCAGAGGAGGUGAUCAAGGCAAAAAAACGGAGGCUUGCCCGUGCACAGAAAACUAUAGGAGAUUACUGUUUGUUGGCUGGAUCACCUGUUGAUGCCAAUGCUCAUUAUUCUACUGCGUUAGAACUUGCCCGGUUGACCACUGAUUAUUUCUGGUAUGCUGGGGCGUUGGAGGGAAGCGUUUGUGCCUUGCUGAUAGAUCGAAUGGGCCAGAAGGAUCCGGUUUUAGAGGAGGAGGUUAAGUACCGGUACAAUAGUGUCAUCGUGCAUUACAGAAAGUCAUUUAUACAAGACAAUGCUCAGAGAGUUUCACCCCUAAGCUUUGAACUUGAGGCUACUUUGAAAUUGGCAAGAUUUCUUUGCAGACGUGAGUUGGCCAAGGAAGUAGUGGAAUUGUUGACAGCUGCUGCAGAUGGAGCUAAAUCCUUGAUUGAUGCCAAUGAUCGGCUGAUAUUAUAUAUUGAAAUAGCUCGAUUGUUUGGAACACUUGGUUAUCAACGGAAAGCUGCUUUCUUUUCUAGGCAGGUGGCUCAGUUGUACUUGCAACAAGAAAACAGAUUGGCUGCUAUGAGUGCCAUGCAAGUGUUGGCAAUGACCACAAAAGCAUAUCGUGUUCAAAGUAGAGCAUCCAUUGCCAAAUAUUCUCUUUCCAAUGAAACUGUAUCAUCCUAUACUGAUGGUGGGAAAAUGCAUCAUCACUCAGUAGUAUCACUAUUUGAGUCCCAAUGGAGCACCCUGCAGAUGGUUGUACUAAGAGAGAUACUGUUGUCUUCUGUCCGUGCUGGUGAUCCUCUUACUGCAUGGAGUGCAGCAGCACGUCUGCUAAGAUCUUACUAUCCCCUAAUUACUCCUGCUGGGCAAAAUGGUCUUGCAAGUGCACUUACAAAUUCAGCGGAGAGGCUUCCUUCAGGAACUCGCUGUGCUGAUCCUGCCUUACCUUUCGUAAGGUUGUAUUCUUUUCCUCUCCAUCCCUCACAAAUGGACAUUAUAAAACGCAAUCCAGCAAGAGAAGAUUGGUGGGCAGGAUCUGCUCCUUCCGGGCCUUUUAUUUAUACACCGUUUAGCAAAGGCGAGCCUAGUAAUAACAGUAAGCAGGAGCUCAUAUGGAUUGUUGGAGAACCAGUCCAGGUGUUGGUAGAAUUGGCAAACCCUUGUGGUUUUGACUUAAUGGUUGAUAGUAUCUAUCUCUCUGUGCAUUCCGGAAAUUUUGACGCUUUUCCAAUUAGUGUGAACCUCCCUCCUAAUUCUUCGAAGGUGAUUACGUUAUCAGGAAUUCCAACUAAAGUGGGGCCAGUGGUGAUUCCUGGAUGUACUGUCCAUUGUUUUGGUGUAAUUACUGAACACCUUUUCAAGGAUGUUGAUAAUCUGCUACUUGGAGCAGCACAAGGACUUGUGCUUUCUGAUCCUUUCCGCUGCUGUGGAUCUGCAAAGUUGAAAAAUGUUUUGGUUCCAAAUAUUUCUGUGGUGCCCCCACUGCCGUUGCUUGUUUCAAAUGUUGUAGGUGGUGAUGGUGCUGUCAUUUUAUAUGAAGGUGAGAUUCGUGAUGUAUGGAUUAGAUUGGCUAAUGCAGGUACAGUUCCAAUUGAGCAGGCACAUGUAUCACUAUCAGGAAAGAACCAAGAUGCUGUUAUAUCAUUUACUUAUGAAACUUUAAAAUCUGCCCUUCCCCUGAAGCCUGGUGCAGAAGUGACUGUACCAGUAACCUUAAAAGCUUGGCAGCUUGGCUUGGUGGACACUGAUACUGCUGCUAGCAAGAAUUUAUCUGGUAACCCAGGGAGGCAAGCCAAGGAUGGAACCAGCCCCAUGUUGUUGAUUCACUAUGCAGGGCCUGCUGUAAAUUCUGGAGAACCACCAACAAAUGGGUCUGCUGUGCCUCCUGGUAGACGUUUGGUUGUGCCCCUGAACAUCUGUGUUUUGCAGAGCUUGUCCUUUGUCAAGGCUCGUUUACUGUCGAUGGAAAUUCCUGCACAUGUUGGUGAAAAUCCUUCUAAACAAAUUUUUGUGGAGAAUAGUUCUACUGAAGAGGUUACUGGUUCUGAAAGCAGGAACGAGAGAUUAGUAAAGAUUGAUCCUUACAGGGGAAGUUGGGGACUACGGUUUCUUGAACUUGAGUUGACUAAUCCAACUGAUGUUGUGUUUGAGAUUAGCGUUUCAGUCCAACUAGAGAACUCUAGUAACAAGGAUAGUCCUUCCGUCAAUAGUGCUGCUGCUGAAUUUGGUUAUCCUAAAACAAGAAUCGAUCGAGAUUACACUGCAAGGGUACUGAUACCACUGGAGCAUUUUAAACUACCUAUUCUUGAUGGUUCAUUCUUUUUGAAGGAUUCCCAGACAAAUGGGGCUACUAGUAGUAGAAGUUCAAGCUUCUCUGAGAAGACUGCCAAGGCUGAAUUAAGUGCUUCUAUCAAGAACUUGAUUUCUAGAAUUAAUGUAAGGUGGCAAUCUGGACGGAACAGCUCUGGAGAAUUAAAUAUCAAGGAUGCAAUACAGGCAGCUCUUCAGACAUCUGUUAUGGAUGUACUGCUACCGGAUCCGUUGACGUUUGGCUUUAGGCUUUCUGAUUCUUGUUUGGGACACGAAGUGAAACUCGAUUCACCUAAAGAAUCCAGUGAUCGAUAUCCUUCCCCUUCGUUGAAAGGUUCUGUACUGGCACAUGACAUGACUCCUAUGGAAGUUCUAGUUUGCAAUAAUACUAAAGAAAUUAUCCGCAUGAGUCUUAGCAUUACAUGCAGAGAUGUAGCAGGGGAGAACUGCAUUGAAGGUGAAAAGGCAACUGUCUUAUGGGCAGGUGUUCUGACUGGUAUUAGCAUGGCAGUUCCGCCACUUAAGGAAAUUAAACAUUCGUUUUCCCUGUAUUUCAUGGUCCCGGGUGAGUAUACACUCUCAGCUGCUGCUGUUAUAGAUGAUGCUAAUGACGUUCUCAGAGCUCGCGCAAGAACUAAUUCUCCUGACGAGCCAAUCUUCUGUCGUGGGGCACCAUUUCAUGUGCGAGUAAAUGGGACUGCAUGAGUAGUUUUAUUUUAACUGAAUCAGGGAACUGUCCCUUUUUUCGACUGCAAUGGAGGUAGAUGCUCGUAUACAAGUGCAAAUAUCUUUUUACAGGCAGCACCAGUGAUACUGCUACUUCCAUUUCUUCUCCAGUUCCCUGCCGGAGUUCGUACUGCAUUGUGAAAUGAAUUAUUGUUUAAUGAAUUUUGUAUUUGUAAAGUUCAUAAAAUUGAUUUGGUUGAUUUUC